AUGGACAUCACAAGAGAUACCCUCCGCUUGCGUCCUUCUCCGUACCUCGGUCUCCUGUUUCCUGAGGCAACACCCGAGGAUGCAAAGAACACUGACGACAGUAACGCACGUGUUCUACAGUCUCUUUUGAGCUGUCUUGCAACAGCGACGUGCACCGAGAACCAGACGAAAAUCGUUCUUCUCGCCGACUCACACUUUGCACUCUCCGUUCGAGGUUCGGUAUCUGGGGAGGAUAUUUGGGCUGCAUCAGUUCUUGGCGCCCUCAAGCAUCUUGGGUACUCUUCGCUCUAUAGCGAUAACCUACAGUCUGCAUCAUUCUAUUACCGCAUGUUUCCUGACCUUGUCAAGGUGGUCUUUGGAGAAUGUGAAGACAUAACGAACUGCUUUGGGAACGAACUGUGUGUCAAAAGUGCAUCAAACUUGCUUGGUAUCCCGAUCUGGAAGAUGUUCUCUCUGCAUUUCUGGAACGGGGCAUGCCACCCAUUAGGAGGCUCUUGGACAUUAUCUCCAGAAGACUAUCGCGGGGUUACAAGAUUCUUAGGCUACAGCCUCGAGACCGAAUGCAUGACAAGAGAAGUUGUUCCGCCUGAUAACAGAAGCGAUCAAGUCUACGUCCUCGCUAAGUGGUUUCGAUAUUUCUUCGCUGAUUCUUAUCCUUGGCCACAUGAUGCUCUUGCCCGUGCUGUGGAGCAAACCGGACUUCAAUUCAUUACGGGGUAUACGAACGACACUGAGACGAGCCCCCUAUGGUCACCACCCGUGGUCAACUAUGGACAAAUGCCAAAGGAGCUUUUCCAUGAGCGUCUUUCUCACAGUCGUGCUUUGCUCGGUAUUGGCCAGCCAUAUCUCUCUCCGUCCCCAUACGAUGCAUUGUGCUUUGGUGUUCCGUUCAUCAAUCCAAUCGACAAAUGGGAUAAUGACGACCGCGAGAACAGGGCUAAAUGGUCGACGCAGCACGAUGGUCUGAGAUUCAUUGAGGAGCCAUAUGUCUACCAUGUCCACAAACGUGAUGUGGAUGGCUUGGUCCGUGCUCUUCGUGGUGCGAAAGACAAUCCGAUUGACAGGUACAUUCCCCCUGCGAUGACAGAGGCAUCGCUUCUCGACCGUGUUGUUAGUCUUCUCGAACACGAUUGGCGUUCAGAAGCUCAAGCUCUGCUCAACUCGGCAGUCGAAUUCCUGCCAAAAUGA